UCGUGGUACACUUCUGCAGCGAUCACCCUCAACCAGCAUCAUCAAAUCAAAGCCCCUGACCACCACCAACCCAUCAUGAAGUUCACAUCGGCAGUCAUCUCCCUCCUUGCUAUCACUCUUCCCGUGCUCGCUCAGACUGAGAGCCUUUCGUAUGACAACACUUAUGAUAACGCGGAUCUGUCUCUCGACGAAGUCGCUUGCUCAGAUGGGCCUAACGGACUCAUCUCCAAGGGUUACACGACCCUUGGUCAAUUGCCCACAUUCCCCAAUGUCGGCGGUGUCUACACUGUCACGGGAUGGGAUUCAGUUUACUGCGGAACAUGCUACGAAGUAACAUACGGCAGCGAGACAAUCGCAAUCCUUGCUGUUGACGUUGCGAGUUUAGGGUUUAACAUUGCGGAGGCAGCGAUGAACACGCUUACUGAUAAUGAGGCUGCGUUUUUGGGGAGGGUAUCGGUGACUUCAGUUCAGGUCAAUGCAUCUGUUUGUGGCCUUUGAAGUGCCCAUUGAUAGAUACUAUUGGUCACUUGGAUUCAGAUUCAAGCACAAUUUUAACUUUCGUCCUUUUGGGUAGUAGUGUCACGAUACGGACUGGAACUAGACAUAAAUUAUGCAAGAAACUGUAUUUCAUUUUCAUGGACGUUCAUUGAGCUCAAGAUAUAUACGCACCUACGAGAUUACAAAUAAACAUC